AUUUUCGACCCUGUUUGUAUUUCAGAUUCACUUUGUACUUAUAAUUAGUCAGCAAGGAAAAGUAAGGUUGACAAAGUGGUAUUCACCCUAUUCUCAGAAGGAAAGAUCUAAGGUUAUCCGUGAGCUUGGUGGAGUAAUUCUCACCUGAGGUCCUAAGCUUUGUAAUUUUGUGGAUUGGAGAGGAUUCAAAGUUGUUUAUAAAAGAUAUGCUAGCCUUUACUUCUGCAUGUGCAUUGAUCAGGAUGACAAUGAAUUAGAGAUCCUUGAGAAAAUUCAUCAUUAUGUUGAGAUUCUUGACUGCUAUUUUGGUAGUGUAAGUCAACUUAAGCUUGAACUUUCUUAAUGAGAGUAUUAGAAUAAUGCUUUAUUAUAUAUAUAUUCAUCAUUUAUAUGUAUAAAGCUUGUGAAUUAGUUUGUGUGCAGGUUUGUUAGUUGGACUUGAUCUUCAACUUCUACAAGGAAAGUCUCAUUUCUUGAUUCAAGCCAGCUAGAAAAAAGUGAUGGCUUCCCCGGAAAUGCCUUCUGGGUGGAGGAAACCAAACAAGCCCUUAAAGGUUUACCAUAUAUUGGAUGAGCUCUUGAUUGCGGGGGAACUGCAAGAGUCAAGCAAGAAAACAUGUUGGGUUUCAGGAUUCAUUGGUAGAGACGGCAAAGGAGCAAGCCGAUUCAAGCUGAGAUUCAUGCCACAUAUGGAGAUUCAAGACUAUGGUUGAUUGCUAUCCUUAUGUAUGUGGUAUAUACAUUCGGAAUCCAACUAUUCAAAUCUGCUGUUGUGAUGACUGUUCUAUACAAUUGGAAUUGUAUUUCAAAUUAAUGCUUGUUCCCAUU